AUGAGCCCCCUGCCCCUGUGGCUGCUGCUGUGGCACCUGCGGCACCUGGCGCUGGGAUAUCUGACCGUCAGCAUCGAGCCCCUGCCCCCGGUGGUGGUGGGAGACGCCGUGACCCUGAAAUGCAACUUCAAAACUGACGGGAAAAUGCGGGAGAUCGUCUGGUACCGGGUCACUGAUGGUGGCACCAUCAAGCAGAAGAUCUUCACCUUCGAUGCCAUGUUUUCCACCAACUUUUCCCAGAUGGAAAACUACCGGAAGCGGGAAGACCUCGUUUACCAAUCCACCGUGCGCCUUCCCGAGGUCCGGAUCUCGGACAACGGUCCCUACGAGUGCCACGUGGGGAUCUACGACCGAGCCACGCGGGAGAAGGUGGUCCUGGCCUCCGGGAAUGUGUUCCUGAAUGUGAUGGCUCCCCCGACGUCCAUCUCGGUGCUGGCCGCAGACACCCCGGCGCCCUUCAGCCGCUACCAGGCGCAGAACUUCACCCUGGUGUGCGUGGUGUCCGGCGGGAAGCCCGCGCCAUUGGUGUACUUCAAGCGGGACGGGGAGCCCAUCGAGGCCACCCCGCUGCCGGAGCCGCCGGCCGGCGCCAGCAGCUGGGCCCCCCGGAGCCUCCUGCACCGCGACCUGGAUGACACCAAGGUGCCGAAAUCGCUGGCGGCCGACGGCGAGCUGGGAAUGGGGAACCCCUUUCCCACGGCGGAUGCGCCGCGGGGGCUGGCGGCCGAGCGGGAUGCGGUGACGGAAAGCAUUCCCGAGACGGUUGUGAGCCGGGAAUUCCCGCGCUGGGUGCACAUGGCCGAGCCCAUCUAUUACUUCCGGCACACGCACGCGCCCGUCAGCGACGGCACCGUCGAGGCCCGGGCCACCCUCACGUGGACCCUGAACCCCCAAAUCGACAACGAGGCCCUCUUCAGCUGCGAGGUCAAGCACCCGGCGCUCUCCAUGCCCAUGCAGUCUGAGGUCACGCUAGUUGCUCCCAAGGGUCCGAAGAUCACGAUGACCCCGACGAGGGCGCGCGUGGGGGACACCGUGCGGAUCCUGGUGCAGGGCUUCCAGAACGAGGUGUUCCCGGAGCCGCUGUUCACGUGGACGCGCGUGGGGAGCCGGCUCCUGGACGGCAGCGCGGAGCACGACGGGAAGGAGCUGGUGCUGGAGCGGGUCCCGGCCGAGCUGAACGGCUCCAUGUACCGCUGCACGGCCCAGAACCCGCUGGGCUCCACCGACACCCACACCCGCCUCAUCGUCUUCGAAAAUCCAAAUAUUCCCAGAGGGCCAGAAGACUCCAACGGUUCACUUCCCGGCCACUGCGGCUUCAGAUUCAUUUUGGCGCUCACCCUGACAGUGAUCCUGGAGCUCACGUGAAGCUUCACCGCCUCCUCCUCCUCUUCCUCCUCCGUGUCCGGCUCCUCCUGGCAUUCCUGCCUCCAGCCAUCGGGUCUCCCGCUCUUUUUUUUUCUAUACUCUCGACAGUCUCGGUCUCUUUCCGUGUCUUGGCUUCCUCAGACGAUUGAAUUAAAAGGAAAAAGGAAAACCUC